AUGAGACGGAAUAAGGCCAAAAAAACCUGGAACAAUCAAAAUAAUACUGAUAAAAAGAAUACUCUAGUCGUUUCGGUUACAUUUUUAACUAAUUGGAUACGUGGGUUUUCUCUUGUGACGACACAUAUGAUUCAAUAA